AUGUCCGAAAAAAGACUGUACGAUGGCGGACAUCCUCGAGGUAAGAGGCGGAGGCCCAACCACGAUUCCAACAGUACUAGAAGAGCUGUGGAUGCUAGCGCGAAUUCAUCCACUACUACAACAUUAACAAGAUCUAUUUCUCCCUCCACUUCAGAUGACGAGCGGAAAGACCGCGGAGGUCUUAAUGUGGAAAUACAUCCAUUGUUACGAAGCAAUGCUCCUGCGCCGGUGAUGCCUAAAUCGUUUAAUCCGGUUCAAAGGACAAAGGUACGUGAAGGGUUUCUGCCGUCUCAGCUGAAUCCAUAUCUCAACCAGGCAGAUAUGGCCCCUGCUAGGCAUCACAGAUCUCUGGCCUUCAAUGCUCCGGGAAAGUAUAUUCACAAGGCUGAGGAGCUGAGAGAGAAGAUUAGGGAAGAGAAAGAACUGAAGGAACUUGAAUUGCGCAAGAAGGACCAAGGAUUGGCUCCAGACGAAACCAUAGGAGAACAGUAUUACCGAGUGCAGGACCCUCCUGCCACUGAAUGGUGGGACAGACCUUAUUUGAAAGAGAGGAACUACGAUCAUUUGGAUGAUCCUGAGAAACUGACAUAUACUGACCUGACCAGCGAUGACUGUCCCAUCACCGUGUAUAUACAGCAUCCAGUCCCAGUGCAAGCUCCCUGGGAAAAACAUAUACCUCCUCCCAAACCCCUCUUUUUAACGAAAAUUGAGUUGAAGAGAAUCAGAAGGAAUGAAAGAUCUUUGAAACACCAAGAAAAGCAGGACCGCAUCCGUUUGGGACUGGAUCCUGCCCCUGCUCCCAAGGUGAAGCUGAAAAAUCUCAUGAACGUGCUCACUAACGAUGCCAUCAAGAACCCCACAGCUGUCGAGAUGAGAGUGAAGGCCGAGGUCGCCGAAAGGAAAAGAGUCCACGAGCAAACUAACGAAGAGAGAAAGCUUACACCUGAACAAAGACACGAAAAGCAGACUCUCAAGAAUAUAGCGGACCUUCAAAGCGGAGUCGUCUCCUGCGUCUACAAAAUUGAUCGUCUGGUCAACCCAAAGCAUUACUACAAGGUGGAUAUCAACGCUAAGCAACUGGAGCUGAAUGGUAUGGUCAUCUGUCUGAAAGACAGCUUCUCAUUGGUGGUUACAGAAGGCGGAAAAAAGGCCGUAAAUCAGUAUAAAAAGCUGAUGACGAGAAGAAUUAACUGGACAGAAAAUGAAGCUGCAAAGCCUCGAGCCCCCAAGGAUGAUUCCCAACAGAGUCCUGUGCACGAUGACACUCAGGUACUGGAAGACUUAUCCGAUAAUAAUUGUCAAAUCGUCUGGGAAGGAGAGCUGGCCAACUUGCACUUUCACAAAUGGACUGUGCAAAAUGUUGAAGACCACGAGUCAGCUCUAGCUUUGCUGGGCAGAUAUCAUUUGGAUAAUUACUGGAGACAGGCUACAGCUCUAAAUUGA